AUGGCGGAAUGGAAUAAAAACGCCAAAGUGAUGAAAUACAGUAAGCCGGACGAUGACAAUAACAUAGCUCUGAUUGGAGAAAACAUAAAGAGAAUGGGAGAGGUGAUUGGUGAAGUGAAGAAAGAAAACUUGAAGUUUAAAACAUUGGAACAUGUUUUUGAUUCGAGACUACACAGGAGUGGUAGCAGAGAUUUGAAACAUAUUCCUGCUUUCUCUGAGGGGUCAUCAAAUAUUGGGUUGAUUUCUAAAGAUUUCGAGAAUGAUUGGAUACAGUCUGUGGUUGGAAACGAAUAUCCGAAGUUAGCUGCUGCUCUGAAAAGCCUGGAAAUCAUUCAAAAACUGACUGAAGACGUGGAAAACUCGCUCGGUUCUCCUUCAAAAGAUACGCUCAAAAGCAUAUCUGAAGUUGUGAAUAGUAUAACAGAUGCAUCUCAACUGACGGUAUCUUUCGAUGAUUUGGCUUCGAAGCUGAAAGAUGUUCAGGAAUCAAUUAGUGCUUCAAACAUUAUUCCUGCCUAG